UUUUGUGUGUGUGGGUUUUGGCGCUCGGUUUUCCUCUUGCGGGGAAAGAAUGUAACGUAGGGCGUCUGCGCGCAGGGCUGGAUUCCACGCGAUGACGAAGAAAUCACAGCGAUUGCCACCGCGAUCGGGCGCCAAAGCGCUGGGAGCGGGGAAAAUUGCGUAUUCGCGGCCGGAUGUACACAGGCUCUUCGGUCACUACAAUGAUCUCUACUUCGCGAGCGAGCUUGCAGGGUGUAGCGUCGAAUGGAGCUCCCGGAGAACAAGCGAAGCUGGAGAGUGCUUCUACGGUCCAGGAAGGUGCCAGAUUCGGCUGUCGGAGCCGAUUCUAAAAUCGCGAAGCUUGGGCGAGGUGAAAUCGACGCUGCUCCACGAAAUGAUCCACGCGCAUUUGUUCGUCACUAAAGAGAACGCGAAUCACAAUGAUCACGGGGAUUUGUUUAGGAUGAAAGUGGACCAGAUCAAAGAAUCUCAGCUUCAAGAUGAAGAGAGGCCCGAGGAUGGCUAUGGUAUUCGUCUCCAACAUUCUUUCUUGGAGGGGAGCUGCUCGGAGUCUCGAGAGUGCGAGGACGUUCAAGAAUUUCUUCCGGAUGCUACUGUCAGCGCUCGUGUCAUCAAGACGAAGAAAAGCGGUGAAAGCAGUGAUCUUCUCACGAAAGAUGUCAAGGAACCACCAACGGAGUCAUUCAAACGCACGAAUAACAGCGUUGAUAAACACGUAAGCUUCAAAAUUCCCCGACUGGAUUCGUUUUUCGGGAAAAGCCGGGGCCUGGAGAAGAAAGGAAAGCUCCGGAAAGCAAGCUUGGUUCCUAAAGACACUAGGAUACUUCAGAAUGUUCAGACCGCGGGAAAACCGAUGCCUGACGUGAUAAUCGGCUGGAAAAACUGGUGUGCCUCGGAACCAGAAGAAGAGGAGGAGCGUCUUAUCGACAGGAGGCGAGAAAGGAGGCUGCUAGAAAACGCAAGGAUAUCCGAGAAGUUACACCAGACCGGAUCGAGUAAACAAUCUACACACGAGAUGGUCGAUCCGGGAAUGCAUGCUCGAAGCAAUUCGAAUCAAGCCGAUGAGACGGUGUAUCAAGACAGGAUCUCUUCCGGGGGUCUAGAACUGGAAGCUUGCAGGGACAGGGUCUCUUCAGGGGGUCUAGAACUGGAAGUUUACCAAGGUGACAUGGAGAUGGUGGAUCUAAAACUAGAAACUAGCCGGGAGAUCGUCUCGCCAGGGAGUCUAGUGGUUUUCCAGGGACGCAUGGAGAGAGGGGAACCGUCACACGGCUAUAGAGAUGAUCCAGGGACGAGUUUGAUCGACUUGGAUCCCGAGCAAGGAGAUCACUCGCGAGCUCUGGUAGUGGCGCCGCUCAAAGUCUACGAGAGGAGGAGGGAUCGCGAGAGGAAGAAGAAGGCUCAGCUGGAGAGGGAGAGGAGGACCGUGGAGAGCAAAGCACCAGUGACACUAUCGACUUUCUGUCCAAUUUGCUCGCAAGUGUUUUCGUUUGACACCACCAAGCCGGAGGACAAUGCGAAGUUUAACACUCACAUCGACCUUUGUUUAAAUGGUAGAGCUUUGUAAAUACUUUUCUAUAUGAAAGCUUCUUUCGCGCCA